AUGACGGCACAAGUAUCCCUACCCGCGCCGGCAGCGGCAGCACCAAGAAUACCGACGGACGCGGCAGGAGCGGCAGAGGCGCCACCGGCUGCCAAGGUGGAAGCGCUCCCGCUCUCCCUCGCCAUAGCCGCAGUGGUGCUUGUUGUGGAGCUAUUCGUUAUUGCCACACUCGCAUAUCGUCACCCCGGCGCCUUUCGUUAUACAGAGUGCACAGUGUGUUUGUGUGACUUUAACGAGGGUGAGCGGCUUCGCUAUCUGCUGCCCUGCGAGCAUCGAUUCCACGUCAGCUGCAUCGACCAUUGGCUCGCCGACAGGACCACGUGCCCCGUGUGCCGAAUAGACAUCAAAGCGACGUCAUUGGAUGUGACUAUAGAAAGCGGAUAA